GAGUCAUCUUGGUGCGGUGGUCAUCCUCCGCUCCGCAGUUGCUUUGCUCUAGCAGCCAGCUAGUCAGCAGCAAGAAGAACAAAAAUAAUAUACCUAGAUCGAACUCGGAACGGAACGGAACAUGCACGGAUUCCACGACGACGACGGGUACCAUCAAUCCUCAGUGUGUCAGUAGUAGUUGUUUAGUUCUUGUUUCAAUUUCGGUGGAAAAGUAAAAAUAUGCCGAAGGCCAGUGGAGUUUCGUCGCGAACAAUCAUUAUCGGUUAUCGGGGUGUCAUCAGAUUAGUAGUGCCAUUAGUGACUUUGGCCUUAGUGUCGCAAUCUUUCCGAGUGUGUGCAUCAGAAGUGCCUGCAAAUGAGCAGCGGAAGAAUGGGAAUCGUUUAUUGUUCUUGCCGUCGCGGCCGCUCUUCCCGACAAAUGAGAUCCCUCGAAUGCAGCGCAGUAUCGCUUCUGGCAGUGAUGGAGGGAUUGGGGGGAAGAACAGUGUUGCAGAAACGGCGGCGGGGGCGGUAAUUACGUCGAGUCAGCAGAACCUAAUGCUGCACGGCCUUCGAGUGGAGCACGCUGCAAAGGAACCGAUCAUAGACGAGGAUGCUGUUCCGUCUGUGUUGGCGCACUCUUCCGUAACGCUUCGACUGUUCGGCACCGGUCUGACAGAGAACACGGUGGUGAUUUUUACACAGGAACAUAAUGUGUAUGGGGGGUCGUGUCUGGUUCCGGUAACGAACAAGUUCCGCGUUAGCAAGGAAUCGAUCAGUGAACACAGCGCUCUGGUGAAAAUUGAACUUCCCCCGGGGACUAGUGGAAAGUAUUUCUAUGUGUGUGCAAAGUAUGAAACCUCGAAUGAGACAGCUACGGAACAGUUGGCCCGAUCGGUGGAACCGUUUAUCCACCAGGGUUCCGAACCGUGGAUGCGACUGACCAGUCAUGAGUCGAUCCUUCCCCUUUGGUGCUCGCUUAUCAUCAUCGGAGUGUGUCUUAUGUUCUCGGCUUUGUUCUCCGGGCUGAACUUGGGGCUGAUGUCGCUGGACAGGACCGAUCUGAAGAUCUUGUGUAAUACGGGAACGGAUGAGGAGAAGCGAUACGCGCGUGCUAUCCAACCGGUUCGGGAUCACGGAAACUAUCUUCUGUGCAGUAUUCUCCUUGGUAAUGUGCUGGUCAACUCGACGUUCACCAUUCUGUUGGACAGUCUGACAUCCGGAUUGGUGGCGAUCAUCUGUUCGACAAUUGCGAUUGUAAUCUUUGGUGAGAUAACUCCGCAAGCUAUCUGUUCUAGGCAUGGCCUAGCCGUCGGAGCCAAAACGAUAUUCAUCACCAAAGCCGUAAUGCUGAUAACGUUUCCAUUGUCCUACCCGACUUCAAAGGUGCUCGAUUAUCUGCUUGGUGAGGAAAUUGGCAACUUCUACAAUAGGGAACGCCUGAAGGAACUCGUCAAAGUCACGACGGACAUCAACGAUUUGGACAAAGAUGAAGUGAACGUUAUCUCCGGUGUGUUGGAGCUGCGGAAAAAAACCGUGGAAGAGGUAAUGACCCGCAUUGAGGAUGCAUUUAUGCUAUCGAUGGAUGCUGUGCUGGACUUUGAAACCAUCACCGAGAUAAUGAAAUCCGGAUUCUCGCGCAUACCGGUCUACGAGGGUGAUAGGAAGAACAUUGUCACACUGCUCUACAUCAAGGACUUGGCAUUCGUCGACCCGGACGAUAAUACCCAGCUUAAAACGUUGUGCGAGUUCUAUCAGAAUCCGUGCCAUUUCGUGUUCGAAGACACGACCCUGGAUGUGAUGUUCAAAGGGUUCAAGGAAGGCCACAAAGGUCAUAUGGCAUUUGUCCACCGCGUCAACAACGAAGGCGAAGGGGAUCCGUUCUACGAAACCGUCGGGUUGAUUACCCUGGAAGACGUCAUCGAGGAACUGAUCCAGGCGGAAAUCAUGGACGAAACGGACGUUUUCACCGACAAUCGCCGCAAGGUGCGUCGCGAUCGUUCCAAACUCCGCCAGGACUUUACAGUAUUCGCACAAGGUCGCGACACCAACUCGCAGCGCUUGCGCAUUUCACCGCAGCUCACGCUGGCCACGUUCCAGUACCUGAGCACCUCGGUGGACGCAUUUAAGAUGGAGACGGUGUCCGAAACGAUCCUCCGUCGUCUGCUGAAUCAGGACAUUGUGCACCACGUUAAGCUCAAGGGUAAAGAUCGUAACGACCCCAGCAUGUUCAUCGUCACCCGCGGAAAACCGGUGGACUAUUUCGUGCUUAUCUUGGAAGGUCGCGUUGAAGUGACCGUCGGCAAGGAAAACUUAAUCUUCGAGAGCGGCCCAUUUACUUACUUCGGAACGCAAGCCUUGAUCCAGAAUGUAGGAGUGGAUGUCCCUGUGGAUUCGCCCCAACAAAUCAUGGGUUCCCUGCAAUCCCUCAACAUGGACGCCAUGCUGCGCCACACCUUCAUCCCGGAUUACACUGUCAAGGCGGUCACCGAGGUGGUUUACAUCCAAAUCAAACGGAAUCUGUACUUAGCGGCCAAACGUGCUACCCUGAUGGAGCGUUCGCAGCGUUUCGGCGACCAAUCGCUGGAUCCCAUCGACGACGAAGUGGAGAAGCUGUUGCACUCGCUGGAUGAAGACGAUCGCAGCUACGGGGCAGACACCGUAGCCAAUCUUCACACUCCGAAGGCCAGUAAACCGACCAGCAAUGCUCCGUCACCGACGACGAUCCUCUCGGAUCACAACAAUGGACCGGUGCCACCGGGGAACCUCGGGGUCAAUGCCAUCACCAGCAUGCGCAGCAACAGCCUGGCCGUCACGUUCGAUGACUCGGAGAAACCUCUGCUGACCCGCUCCAAGUCUUAAUGUUCUUUGUACCCUCAUAAUGCUACACUAAACUGUUUUUCGCAAAGUAAGUUGAUAGUAAUGUUUGUAGUCCUGGUUGUAGUCAAAGAUUAAUAUUAUCAUUAUGAAAAUCAAAUCAAAGCUAUUACUAUUUAAGAUGAAUUAAUAAAAGAAGAAAGUUUUAUUUUUGCCCUAAACGUUGAUAACACGAACCUUAAAAAAAACUGAUAGUAUAGAAUUUAAGUGAAAAAUUUCACCACCCUCAAAGUUGGUUAGUGGCCUUCCCCGCGAGUUGCGCCGAGGGAAUCGCAUCGUGUUCAAAAGAGGUGUGUUCACAUUUUGCAUAACUGCAUCGAGGGAAACCCCCAAAAUCGCCGUCGAGAGACAUCGAACAUCGCUUCCAACUCAGAACCGAAAUUGUAUAACCAACUAUCAAAAAAUGUAUGUACGGUAUCUUUCAGAAAGAGAGAGAGAGAGAGAGAUCGAGAGAGAACUACACAGUACCUACCGGUAGGUGAAAUCACGAAUUAAGUUCCUUUUUCGUAGUAGAACGGGACGGGCAAAAGACGCGUCACGAUUUGUUUUCGGGAUAUUCCCCCUCCCAUCCCCCAAACACUGCUCGAUAGCAUUGAAUUGAACACACAAGUACUAUAUUAUGUAGAAAUGGAGGAAAAGCAGGUAUUAGUUUAUUUUAUGAUGUUACACAGUUUAUACAUUUAAAACACGAAUGAAUCGUCCCAGAGCGUUUCAUUGCUGCAAUUUAGAAGAUGAAAAAAAAAUAAAACAUUUGUUGUGCAUUAUCAUGAAUCCAAUGCAGGAGAUUAUGCGAAUAAAAUCUAGUUUUCACACAAUCGAAUCAAAA